AUGUAUCGCCGUUCAAUGCUGACCGCGACAACAGGACCCAUAGUGAGAAUCGGCCCCAAUGAACUGUCUUUCGCAUCUCCCGAGGCUGCUAUAGAUAUCUUCCGGACUGGACGAGGAUUCCACAAAACAGAUUUCUACACAGUCUUUCUGCCUGAUGGUAUUAAGGAUAUCUUCACAGAGGUCCGCGAGAAAGUGCAUGGUAAGAAGAAAAGAUAUGCCGGCCCCCCUUACAGCCUCGCAUCAGUGAAGAAGCAAAACAAACAAAUUGAAGGUGUUACAUUGGAUUUGCUUUCAAUCAUGGACUCUGUUGCGGCCAAAACUCAAGCGGAGACCUUCGAUCUCGGUAGCUGGCUACACUUCUUCGCCUUUGAUGCUCUCGCACAAUUUGCAUUCGAUCGUCCGUUCGGGUUCUUGAAGCAAGGCAAGGACGUUGAUCAGUUCAUUUCUUCUAUCAGCCAAUCGACAUACGAAAGUUCCUUUCUCGCUCAAGUACCCAUGUUUGAACGCCUGACACGGUCCAACCCGAUCUGGAAGUACAUUCCCUUCUUGCCAAAGAAUAAACUGAGGAUGAUGCCUGAAACCGCCGAGUCAGUCCUGAAAGAAUUUCAACCGACUGACAACGAAAAGGCGAAGUCGGCCGUUUGUUUGUUGAAAUCACUUUUAGAUGCACAUGUCAGCAGCCCAGACCAGUUUGGAAUGGAAGAUGUAAUGGCGAUUUCUAUGGGUGCUAUUGCCGCCGGUUCGGAUACUACUGCAUCAACAAUGCACAGUUUUUGCUGGCACGUAUUGGCGAAUCAUGACGUUCACCGCAAACUAACAGCCGAGCUACUCAAAGUGCAGCUCUCGCCUAUCGUCCAAUACGAUGAAGGCAUAGCACUUCCGUAUUUCCAGGCUUGUCUCAAAGAAACUAUGCGAUUGCAGCCUGCCCUUCCCUACAAUAUUACGCGUACAGUGCCAAAGGGGGGUGCUACCGUCAAUGAUACAGUUUUGCCUGGGUCAGUGCGCGUUGGUGUUAGUGCCUGGGUCAUGCACCGAGAUGAGACAGUGUUUGGGCCCGACAGCAGGUCUUUUAGGCCUGAAAGAUGGCUUGAAGCCGAUGCGGACAGGCUGAAAAGAAUGGAAAGAUGCAUGUUCCAGUUUGGUGGAGGGUCUCAUGCCUGUAUUGGAAGACAUCUAGCCCUUUUCGAGUUGAACAAGGUCCUGCCGCAGAUCUUCCGCCGGUAUGAGAUGGAGUUGAUCAAUCCAGAAAGGCCUUUGGAACACUUCACUGGGUUUUUCUACAAUCAGAAAGGGCUUUGUGUCUAUUUGAGAAUGCGAAGUACACAAUGA